AUGCUGAAUUCUGUGCGGUCUCGUCCAUGGACCUGCAAGGACUGCCUGCAGCGUCUUCAUCGCCUACAGCGUUCCCGACCAGAACGUACCUUCGCCACUGCUGUUGCUGCCGACCAGCAGUCUUCCAUUGAUUAUGUCGCAGCAAAUAAAUUCGCAAAACAACGUGAUGACGAUAACCUGCGCCGAGUAUUCGAUUCGCGUUCAUUUUGGCGCGAGUUCUCUCAGAGACAAACUAAUAGUUCGAAGCGAACCGGCAUCGUACAGAAUCAAUAUCUCACAAGCCCUGAAGGGUUCCGUGAGUUUGCGCAUACGUCAUUACAGAAAUGUCAACGCAUCGUCUCAAAGGUGUUGGCGGUGUCUACGCUGGAGGGAUACAAAUCGAUGGCUAGAGAUUUAGAUCGACUGAGUGAUCUUUUAUGUCGUGUUAUUGAUCUAUCGGACUUUGUCAGAAGCAAUCAUCCAGAUCCGAGGAUACAAGAGGCGGCUACACAAGCAUACGCGCUCAUGUUCGAAUACAUGAACAUAUUAAACACAACAACAGGAUUGCACGACCAGUUGAAAAAGGCAGCGGCUACUCCUGAAGUGGUAUCGUCUUGGACGGAGGAAGAGAGAAUGGUUGCGGAAAUACUGAUCAAAGACUUCUCGAAUUCGGCAAUCCAUAUGCCCCCUAAAGAUCGACAACGGUUCGUCAAUUUAUCCAACGAUAUCAGCCAGUUGGGCUCUGAGUUUGUUAACGGAGCGGAACCCGCAAGACCUCACGUCGUGUUGAGCAAGAGCAGUGUUCAGGGGUUGGAUCCGGUGGUUGUACAACAGUUGCAGAGAUGGAAUAGCGUGCCCAUCCCGACCUGGGGGGUAGAGGGACGAUUGGCGCUCAGGUCUAUGCAUGAUGAAAAUUCGAGGAAGGAAGUUUAUAUGGCGACACGGAUGUCGAGCAGAAGACAAAUCCACCGGUUGGAAGAACUUCUUCACAAAAGAGCAGAAUUGGCCAAAUUGUCAGGAUAUAGUACUUAUGCCCACAUGGCAUUAAGUGAUAAGAUGGCCAAAACGCCCGAAGCAGUCUCCAAUUUCUUGACAACACUUAUUGGAAACAACCGAGUCCAGGUCCAGGAGGAGCUCGCUAAAUUACAGAGCAUGAAAGAAGCGGCACCGCUACAACCCUGGGACCAUGCAUACUACGUUCAGAAGCGCGUUUUGGAAUACUCAAUGUCACGGCGGUCUCGCGAGUUAAGCAGGGUUCCUGAGUUCUUCUCACUUGGAACGGUAAUGCAGGGUCUUUCUCGCUUAUUUGAUCAUUUGUAUGGUGUACGACUAGUACCACAAGAAACAUUGCCUGGAGAAACAUGGAACUCCGAUGUUCGACGGUUAGACGUUGUCGACGAGGCCGGUCGACACAUUGCUGUCAUAUAUUGCGACUUAUUUACUCGGCCUAACAAGAGUCCCAAUCCAGCACAUUUUACACUUCGGUGUGCACGUGAAAUAACCGCAGAAGAAAUUGCCGAAUCUGCGUCUAUGGAUCCUCCAUCUCACCCAAAUGAUGGAAUGGCCACGGCGAUGAAUCCUGAUUCAGACACCCUUCGGCAAUUACCUACAAUUGCUCUUGUCUGCGACUUCCCGGAGCCCCCAGUAUCUGGAAACGGGCCGCCUACACUACUCUCGGAACAUAGUGUGAGGACCUUAUUCCACGAAAUGGGACAUGCAGUCCAUUCUGUCCUUGGGCAAACACCUCUUCAGUCGAUUUCAGGUACACGAUGCUCGACUGAUUUUGCAGAAUUGCCAUCCGUGCUUAUGGAGAGUUUUGCUACAGCACCAGAAGUUCUCGCACUGUAUGCGCGUCAUUGGGAGACUGACAAGCCGUUAUCCGACAGUAUGAUGCAAAGCAUGGCUGCAGAUCGGGCUGCACACGGAAGUAUAUAUGGAGCAGUUGAGAAUGAAGCACAGAUCUUGAUGGCGCUCGUUGAUCAAGCCUACCACGCUCUAUCAGCAGACGGCGGCAAACGAUCCAUUGACAGUACUGACAUCUACCAUCAAGUAUUCUCCACGUAUUGCACACUCCCGGAUCCACAGGACAGUAACCCACGCACAUCCUGGCAGGGAUUCUUCGGGCAUUUAUAUGGUUACGGAGCCACAUAUUACAGUUAUAUAUUUGACCGUGCGAUCGCGAACAAGAUCUGGCAAGACGUCUUCCAUGGAGGCAAGCUAUCAAUUGACCGUGAAGCUGGUGAAAAGUACAAGAACGAGGUUCUUCGCUGGGGCGGUGGACGUAACGGCUGGAGCUGUGUGGCAGGCGUUCUCGGCGACGCGAACCCUUCAAAUGCAAAUGGACGAUUGGCGGAAGGUGGUGAAGAGGCGAUGCGUGAGGAUCACUUGGGAAUAUCUUUUGGUGUUUAG